AUGCGCUACCUUACGCGCUCUCUCACGCGCUCUCACACGCUCUCUCACGCGUUCUCACACGCACUCUCACACGCGCUCUCACAAGCUCUCUCACGCGCUCUCACGCGCUCUCUCAAGCUCUCCCUCGCGCUCCGCGCCCCUCGCGCCGCCCUUAGCGGCUCCUUACGGCCCCUCGCGCCGUCAUUUACGGCCCGUAGUGCGGCCCCUUUGCCCAUUACGGCCCUCCCCUGCCCUCCGCGGCCCCUUGUGCUGCUCUCUCAUGGCGCGUCACCGAACCUCUGCGGCCCCUCGCGCCGCCCUUCCCGGCCCGACGUCGCCGCUUUCCCACCAGCAGCGGCCACCACAGCUUCUGCAGCUGCAGCUGCCGCCGUCCCUGCAGUGGAAGCCGCAGCUGCUGUGGCCGCCGCUGUCCCUGCAGCUGCAGCCGUUGCUGUCCCUGCAGCAGCCGCCGCCGCCGUGCCUGCAGCUGCCGCCACUGCUGAACCUGCUGCACCUACCGCAGCCGACACUGCAGCAGCUGCCGCUGCCGAUUCUGCAGCUGCUGCUGCCACCGUACCUGCAGCAGCUGCUGCUCCUGAACCUGCAGCAGCUGCCGCUCCUGAACCUGCAGCAGCUGCCGCUGCAGGACCUGUAGCAGCUGCUCCCGCCAGGCCUGCAGCAGCUGCCGCCGCCGGACCUGCCGCAGCUGCCGCCAUCGGAUCUGCAGCAGCUGCAGCUGCCGGACCUGCCGCAGCUGUCACCACCGGACCUGCCCCAGCAGCAGCUGCUACUGCAGGUGCGGCCGCCGCUACUGUCCCUGCAGCUGAGUUGCGGCCCUCCUCUGCCGCCUCGCUGCACCCCGGCCCGCCCCUGCCUACUGCUGCUGCUGUCAUGGCUACUCCCAACGUGCUUACCUUUGAUGCUGAGGGUCGGGCGAUCGAUUUUGAUGUCUGGAUAGAUGACCUGCAGCUUUUCCUGCAGUGCGAUAGCAAGCACGACAUCUCCCUGUUCGAUCUCACUUCUGGUGCCUCUACUGCCCCUGCUGCUGAUGACGACAGUACUGUUCGCUCACAGUGGACCACACGCGAUGCUGCUGCCCGUCUUGCUGUGCGUAGUCACCUGCCGUCCACUGAGCGCGCGCACUUUAGCCAGUUCAAAACUGCUAAGACCUUGUACGACGGUGUAGUUGCCCGCUACUCCUCCCCUGCCACUGCUGCUCUUAGCCGCCUCAUGCUGCUGUACCUGUUCCCUGACCUCGCUGCCUUGGCCACAGUCGCUGACCUCAUUACGCACCUUCGCACUAGUGAUACCCGCUACCGCGCUGCGCUUCGUGCUGACUUCUGCGCCAAGAACCCCCCCCCCAUGUACAUCACCCUCUACUACCUAGUCACCCGGCUCCCUGACACCCUUCGCUCGGUCAGGGACCACUUCCUCUCCCUUUGCCCCACCACACUCACUGUUGACCUCCUCGAGGAGCGCCUCUUCGCAGCGGAAAAGAGUAUUACCGCUGUGGGUGCUUCUCGUGGUGACCCCCGCACCCCUUUCUUUGAGGGGUGCUCCCCUGUCCCCCUUUUGCCCUCUGUUGCCUCUGCUGCUGCUGUCGACCUCGUUGGCACUGAGUCGGUCGCCGCUGCGUCUGCUCCUACUGGGAGGCGCCGCACCAGCAAGGGCAAGGGGGGCAAGGGUUCGGGAGGGGCGGGCGGGGGCGGUGGUGGUGGCGGUGGGGGCGGCGGGGGAGGUGGGGGUGGGAGUGGUGGGGGGCGUGGGGGCGGCGGUGGUGGCAGUGGAGGUGGAGGCGGCGGUGGCGGCGGUGCGGGUGGAGGAGGCGGAGGCGGCAGUGGAGGUGGAGGCGGGGGCGGCGGAGGCGGCGGGGGUGGAGCUGGUCGGGGUGGUGGUCAGCACCAGCAGCAGCAGCAGCGCUCUCGUGAGACCCCGUCGUCCCAGCAGCUUCGUGAGUGGUACGCUACGCGCCAGCGCCCUGGGGGUCCUGGUCCCUGUGCCUACGUCCUGCGUACUGGUGACCGCACUGGGGAGCCGUGUGGCGGCCCGCACACCACCCAGCGCUGCUUCGGCCGCCUGACAGACGCCUGGCGUAUCCGGUUCCCUGACGCCACUGAGAUCCCUCGCUGGGGUGACUUGCUUAGGUCUGGAGUAGCUAUCUUUGAUCUUGACUUUGAUGCUAUCUUUGCUGCGAUGUAUGCUAUCUCUGAUAGUGCUGAGGGUGACUGUUACCUGUGUGUUCCGCCUGACCCGGGCAUUGAGGCUGCUGCUCUAGGUGCUAGUGCGUCUGCUCCCCCAGGUCCUGGUGAGGCCGCUGCCCUAGGUACCGCGUCGGCUCAGGCCUUGCACACCUUCACCCUUGACUCGGGUGCUUCCCGCUCCUUCUUUCGCGACUACACCACACUCACGCCGCUUAGUCGGCCGGUUGCAGUCUCCCUGGCAGACCCCUCUGGGGGUCCUGUCCUUGCUCACUACUCCACUGUCCUACCGUGUCCGGCUGCCCCCUCUGGCUCCCUGUCGGGUCUUUACCUUCCCUCGUUCUCUACGAACUUGGUAGCUGCGUCGGGUCAGGUGUUUGCUGCGUCGUCCCGGUCUGGCCCUGAGUCUGCCCCCUGCUCGUGUCGCCUCCUGUCUCACGAGACUCUCCUCUGGCACCACCGCCUGGGCUACCCCUCCCUGCCCCGUCUUCGGGGUAUGGCCUCCCGUGUCCUUGUCUCUGGUCUCCCCCGGUCCCUCCCUCCCCUUCCUCCGGGGCCUGCCCCUACCUGCGUUCCCUGCGUUGAGGGGCGGCAGCGCGCCGCUCCUCACUCUUCCGAGUUUCCACCGACAGAGGCUCCGCUGCAGACGCUUCACAUGGACGUGUGGGGCCCCGCCCGCGUCCGUGGACAGGGUCACGAGCGUUACUUCCUUCUAGUGGUUGACGACUACUCGCGUUACACCGCAGUCUUCCCCUUGCGCAGCAAGGGUGAAGUCACUGAGGUGUUGAUCGACUGGAUCCGCGCUGCUCGUCUCCAGCUCAGGAAGAGUUUCGGCUCGGACUUUCCUGUUCUGCGUCUGCACUCCGACCGAGGCGGAGAGUUCUCCUCUGACCUUCUGAGAGCCUUCUGCCGUGCGAGGGGCAUCCGCCAGACGUUCACGCUUCCGGCCUCUCCACAGCAGAAUGGGAUUGCUGAGCGCCGCAUUGGCAUGUACGCGGCGCAGCAGAUCAACCUUCAGCCCCGUGUCUCCUUGCCGGAGACCUCCCCCACCAUGCGGUGGACGGGGAAGGUUGGCGAUGCGUCUGCGUUCCGUGUCUGGGGAUCUCGGGCUUUCGUUCGAGACUUGUCUGCGGACAAGCUGUCCUCCCGUGCUGUUCCCUGCGUCUUCCUUGGCUUCCCCCCUGACGCGCCUGGUUGGCAGUUUUACCACCCCACCUCGCGCCGUGUUCUGUCCUCCCAGGACGUCACGUUUGACGAGUCGGUUCCUUUCUACCGUCUCUUCCCCUACCGCACUGCCCCCCUCCCCCCUCCGCCGCUCUUCCUUACCCCAGGUCCCCCCCCGGUAGCCCCCCUCCCCCCUCAGGGUCCUGCCCCCUCAGGUGUGUCCCAGGUAGACGCAGUCGAGCCUGUCGAGGUAGCUGUUGACUCUGGUGCUGCUGGGGGUGCUGCGCCUGCGGGUGCCGGGUCUGGAGGUGCUGAGCCUGUGUGUGCGGAGUCUGGGGGUGGUGGGACUGGGGGUGCUGGGACUGGGGGUGCUGAGUCUGGGGGUGCUGAGCCUGAGGGUGCUGAGUCUGGGGGUGCGGAGCCUGGGGGUGCGGAGCCUGGAGUCGUGCUGCUGGGGCUGGUGUCGCUGCGGGUACUGGAGGUUCUACUGCUGCUGAGGGUGUUGGAGUCACAGGUGCCGGAGGUGCUCGUACUGGAGGUACUGGAGCUGCUGGGCCUAGUGGUUGGUGCUGGUGGGGUUGGUAAAGCUGGAGGUACAGGAGCCGGUGCUGCUGGGUCACCUGGUGGUCUUCUUGGCGCUGGUGCUGCUGGAGGUUCGAGAGCUGGUGGUGCUGCUAAAGCCGGUGCUCCUGGGGGUGCUGGAGUUGGCGCUACUGGUGCUGCUGCAGGUCUUACUGGAGUUGGACCUGCAGCUGAGGGUGCUGGUGCUGUCCCUGCUCCUUCUGGAGGUGCUGCGCGGCCUCGGCCGUACUUCGUUCCCCUCCUUCAGCAGGUUCUUGGCCUUCCGCCUUCCUCUGGUCCUUCUCCUGCCUUAGAGUGUCCACAGCCGGUCCCCUCCGAGUCACAGUUACAGCUUGCCGGUCCCCUGCCUGCCCCUUCACCCUACGCUGGUCCUACUGGAGGUCUUGCUGAGCGUCGUGAGCCUGCGUCGCGUCCUACGUCGCCUGUUCGUGCUGUUCGCACCGGUCGCCGUGUUCCGCGUCAGCGUCCUCCCGCGGUCCCAGGCACGCACCAGAUGGCACUGCGUCCCUCCACUGCUCCACAGCGUGUCCCUCUGCCGUCUCCUCCUGCGUCCUCGCUUCCUGCCCUUGCUGACCCGGAGUCUGACUCUCUGCGUGCUGCCAGUCCGACUGUCACGCGUCUCCUAGCCACUGCUGUCACAGACCCUUCUUUUGAGUCCACUGCUGCGUCUGCCCUAGUUGCUGAGCUUGUCGACUUCGCUGCUCGCUGUCGUCUAGACUACGCUGCUAGUCUCGUUGCUGAGUCUGAGUCUGUCUGUCCUCCGUCCGUCGGGGGUGAGUGUGCCCUUGGCACGGACGUCCUUGAAGACAGGCAGGAGGAGUUCCAGUGUUUUGCUGCUGCUUUGCCUCAUCUCGUGUCCAUGCUGAUUGCCCCUGAGGGAGACCCGGAUGCACCAGACAUCCCGACUCCUCGAUCGUACGCUGAGGCGAUCGAGGGUCCCUACUCCUCUCAGUGGCAGACAGCCAUGGACGCAGAGAUGGCUUCCUGGAAGUCCACAGGCACCUACGUUGACGAGGUUCCCCCACCUGGGGCGAACAUCGUCAGUGGCAUGUGGAUCUACAGGGUGAAGCGGCCGCCGGGUUCUCCGCCUGUCUUCAAGGCGCGCUACGUGGCUAGGGGCUUCAGUCAGCGGCAGGGGGUUGACUACUUUCAGACCUUCUCUCCCACCCCGAAGAUGACUACUCUUCGGGUGCUGCUGCACAUAGCCGCUCAGCGCGACUACGAGCUUCACUCUCUUGACUUCAGCACUGCUUUCCUGCAGGGCAGCCUGCACGAGGAGAUCUGGCUGCGCCACCCUCCUGGCUUCACUGGGUCUUUUCCUCCUGGCACCCAGUGGAGCCUCCGGCGGCCAGUCUACGGUCUCCGCCAGGCGCCCCGUGAGUGGCACGACACACUGAGGACUACACUUGCGGCUCUUGGGUUUGCUCCUUCUACUGCCGACCCGUCGCUGUUUCUGCGCACCGACACCUCGCUGCCGCCAUUCUACAUCCUCGUGUACGUCGACGACUUGGUCUUUGCCACUGCUGACACUGCUGGAAUCGCCCACGUGAAGUCCGAGCUGCAGAAGAGACACAUGUGCACUGACCUGGGUGAACUGCGCAGCUAUCUUGGCUUGCAGAUCACCCGGGACAGAGCACGCCGCACCAUUACUCUGACUCAGUCACAUAUGGUGCAGCAGGUCCUUCAGCGCUUCGGCUUCACGUACUCCUUGCCUCAGGCCACUCCUCUGCCUACUCGCCACUCGCUCUCAGCUCUGCCUUCGGAUGAGUCCGUAGAGCCGAGUGGCCCGUACCCAGAGCUUGUUGGCUGCCUCAUGUACCUGAUGACCUGCACUCAACCUGACCUUGCAUACCCUCUUAGCAUCUUGGCGCGCUAUGUUGCUCCUGGGAGACACCGACCAGAGCACAUGGAUGCAGCUAAGAGGGUGUUGCGCUACUUGUGCAGUACGUCGGGCAUGGGGCUUGUGCUUGGAGGGCGGAGUCCAGUGGUCCUCACUGGUCACGCAGACGCGUCUUGGGUUGACGACCAGGCUACGCAGCGAUCGUCACAGGGUUACACCUUCAGCCUUGGUUCCGGCUCUGUUUCGUGGCGGUCUACCCGCUCGUCUUCUGUUCUCGGCUCCAGUUGUGAGGCUGAGAUCUACGCAGGGGCCAUGGCUGCACAGGAGUUACGCUGGCUCACCUACCUGCUGACCGACCUGGGAGAGCAGCCUCGUUCUCCUCCAGUUCUGUACGUAGACAACAAGGCCAUGCUGGCCUUGUGUCGGGAGCACAGACUGGAGCACAGAACGAAGCACAUUGCUCUCCGCUACUUUCUUGCUCGUGAGCUGCAGCAGCGUGGUCAGCUGCGCCUUGCUUACGUGGCCUCUCGGGCCAACACUGCUGAUAUCUUUACCAAGGCACUUCAGCCUUGUGAUCAUCAGCGCUUCUGUACGAUGUUAGGUCUUGUGCCUACCUGGCCUCACUUGCUCACCUCUUGA